UCCCCUCACUCAGUCCCAGAGCUGCUACAAUGGCGCGCAUCGUGACCGCGCAUCGGGGCCGCGCCUGAGUUUGGGGUGGGCGGCUCUUCUUUGCCUCCUGUAGGCAGCCAGCGGCACCCGGUGUAGUGCUGCAACCGGCUAUGUGCGCCCUGACAGCGGCCCCUGCCCACAGCCCGGCUCCCAUUGUGCUUCCAGCAUCCCCAGCCCAGGCAGCAGGGUCCCCGGUCUUCCAAGCGGAGGAGAGGAUGCAGGGGGAAAAGGCAACCUGUUCUGUCGCAGUCGCAGCAGCCGCAGCUCAGAGGCGCAACCAGUGAUCCGGCAGAUGAGAUCUCAAGAAGGUUAAAAUGAAUGAAGAUCUGCAGGUUAAUAUAAGCCGGCCGCCUCCAGAGAAUGUCACAGCUGCUGCCUCCCCGCUGCCUCCUGUGCUAGAUUCCGAGCCCGAGCUGGUCGUGAACCCUUGGGAUAUAGUUCUAUGUACAUCAGGAACCCUCAUCUCCUGUGAAAAUGCCAUCGUGGUGCUGAUUAUCUUCCAUAACCCGAGCCUCCGAGCGCCCAUGUUCCUGCUCAUUGGCAGCCUGGCCCUGGCAGACCUCUUGGCAGGCGUUGGAUUGAUCGUCAAUUUCAUCUUUGCGUAUCUCCUGCAAUCGGAGGCUGCCAAACUUGUCACAGUUGGACUCAUCGCUGCCUCUUUCUGUGCCUCCGUCUGCAGUUUGCUGGCUAUUACAGUUGACCGUUACCUCUCUCUCUACUAUGCUCUGACCUAUAAUUCAGAAAGGACAGUCACUUUCACCUACGUCAUGCUCAUCUUUCUUUGGGGAGCCUCGACGUGUGUUGGACUGCUGCCCAUAAUGGGCUGGAACUGUCUCGAGGAUGAAUCAACGUGCAGUGUUAUUAGACCCCUGACUAAGAAUAAUGCGGCUGCCCUCUCCGUAUCCUUCCUGCUCAUGUUCGCCCUGAUGUUGCAACUAUACAUUCAGAUCUGUAAGAUUGUUAUGAGGCAUGCCCAUCAGAUCGCCUUGCAGCACCACUUCUUGGCCACUUCCCACUACGUCACCACUCGGAAAGGAGUAUCCACCCUGGCCAUUAUUUUGGGGACUUUUGCCGCCUGUUGGAUGCCUUUUACCCUUUACUCCUUAAUUGCAGACUAUACGUACCCUUCCAUAUACACCUACGCCACUCUCCUGCCAGCUACGUACAACUCCAUCAUCAACCCCGUCAUAUACGCUUUUAGGAACCAGGAGAUACAAAAAGCACUUUGGCUUAUCUGCUGUGGUUGUGUCCCUUCUAGCGUGGCCCAGAGAGUGCGAUCACCUAGUGACGUGUAAUAAAUGCCUUCAUAGGAAGGAUCAUGGAUGGGGGGCUUAUCACCUGCAGUAUUUAUUUCGCAAAAAAAAGGGAAAGAAAAGGAGAAAUAAUCCCUCCGUUUGAUGUAAAUGCACUUGGACUGGACAUAAUGGUGCCGAGAUCCACCCAUUUCAUAAAUGGAAGUUAGUUUUACCAAUGUCGCGCAAUAGUUAUCAUUCAAAAAGAGCUAACGUGGUAAAUAUGAUUUUACAAUGUAAUUUACUCAGGUCUUGAAAAAUUCUUAAAUCGGUUUGAUCCUGGAUUUUUGUUAGUAAACAUUUUUUUAAAAAAAAAAUAAUUAUUGCUGGAAAAUAUCAGAGAUUAGUUUAAAGGGUCCUCAUCCCAUUUAAGAGGCUUAUGGCUCUGGCGACAUGGCUUGCGUUGCACGUGGUGUUGGUAUCGCUGUUUUAAUCUCCGAUUUUUCCCACAGUCGGGAAUAAUUUAUUUUAGAUAUGAUUCAGUGAUCACUCGUGUAAAUGGAAUUAAGACCAUCCCAGUGUGUAACGCAUAUGCCAUUGAGAGAAAUCUGGGCAUUUGUAGGGCCACAGGUGUCCCAAUCUGAGGGGGUAGGUCUUGACUAGGAUUCAAAAUAGGUCCUGGCACAGAGGCCCUCACCAGCCCAAUAAAUAGUGACUAUGGUAUCUUACAGCAGCCCCUCUGGCAUUUGCCAGAAUCCACAAAUUGCCAGUCCAGGGUGGGGGGGUUGGAAAUCCGGUAAUUUGGAUAUAUUUAACCAGCUCCAUCCUAAAAUCAGCCCUGUGCCUAUGUACAGGUGGAGCAGCUUUACUGAUGCAUCAGUUGCUCAUAUCUCAUUCAUGUCAAUGGCAUAGCUGUGCGUGCCAGAUGCAUCAAUCAAACCUGCUCCAUCUGUAUGGGAUUUUUUCCAUCUUGGAACACAAGGAAUAGCACAAAACAAUGAAGGGAAACUGUACCGACUCUAUAAAAACAUCCUUCAUAAUAGUUAAUCCGUUCCAAAAAAACGUUGCCAUGGUUGACCUGCUUUUUUGGAUGGAAUUUAAAAUUCUGACAUUUAAGGAUUAAAUCAGACCGAAGAAGUAAUAUUUGUAAAUUGCUGAGUAGAAUGUGCCUUUUAGAUAUUUUUUUUUUUUUAUUUUUAUCUUUUUUUUUAAUGGGAGUGUUCCAUUAAACCCGGAUGGGACUUGUUAGAGCAAAGAGCAGGAUUCUGUAGCAUAAAAUCUCUGUCCGUGCUGGAGAAGAGUAUAAAAUACUAAUAUCUGCUGAUCUUCCAUAUUUCUUAGCCAGUACCUGGGACGCCAUGUAAAACUGCCUCUAGCACUGUCAGACUGAGGAGCAACAUGUUCAUAUUUAUAAUUCUUUUCUUAAAAUGGAACAUUUCGGCACCCAAAAACC